CAACGACUCUUCCUCUGGUCUUCUGAUUACGCGGGUCUUUUCCUUCUCUUUUACUAUUUCCCUCUUUUGCAAAAUCUAGAGCUCCAGACAAUUCAAUCCCUAGUAUCUCUAAUUCCUCAGCUUGAGCUUCAAUCUGAAUUUCUCCAAUUUUCAAUCCUUAUCUGUAAUUGUUGCCUUCGGAUUUGAAUGGGAACUCCCGAAUUCCCGAAUCUCGGAAAGCAUUGCGCCGUCGAUGAUUGCAAGCAGAUUGAUUUCUUGCCCUUCACCUGCGAUCGCUGUAACCUGGUAUUUUGUCUGGAGCAUCGAAGCUACAUUAAGCACAAUUGUCCAAAAGCCGACAGACAAGAUGUCACUGUUGUCAUUUGUCCACUCUGUGCCAAAGGUGUUCGUCUAAUUCCUGAUGAAGAUCCAAAUAUUACUUGGGAUACACAUGUUAACACAGACUGUGAUCCGUCAAAUUAUGAGAAAGUCACAAAGAAGAAAAAAUGCCCUGUCCCCGGCUGUAAGGAGAUCCUAACAUUUUCAAAUACACUAAAGUGCAGGGACUGCUUGGUAGACCAUUGUUUGAAGCAUCGUUUUGGACCUGACCACAAAUGUCCUGGACCAAAGAAACCUGAAUCGAACUUCCCGUUCAUGGGUCUUUUAAAUAGGAGUAGGAAAGAGGAGCAAAGGCCUAAUAAAGCUCCUGCUACAUCUUCACCAAAGUGGGCUACGAACUUUCUUAAUGCGGCAUCAAGUGUGCGAGCCUCUGCUGAAGCGAGCAUGAUGAAGUUGAGCAAUGAGAUUAGCCAAAAGUGGCAGAUUGCGAAGGACAGUGUGGGGCAGAGCAGUGGCAACAGCGGGAGAAAUGGAGAAAUUGAGGAGUGCCCACAAUGUGGCGCAAAGUUUUCUUCUGUUACAACUCUGGUAGAGCAUGUGGAGAAAGUUCACGAAAGGGAUGGCAAUAGGCCUGGGGGGAAGAAAGUGACAGUCGAUGUCUGCCCCAAGUGCAGUAGGGGAUUUCGUGAUCCAGUUGCCCUUGUGGAACAUGUUGAGAGAGAUCAUGGCGGCACGUCACGAGCAUAAGUAGCAGUGUCAGAAUACAUUGUAUUGUUCUUUUUUUCCGUGGCUUCCAUGGUUCCAGGGCUGACAAAUGCAGAACUCUUUGGGAUUGUUUCAUCAAACUGUAAUUUAACAGAAAUGGUCAUUUUUGCAUAUUAGAGUAUCCUGCAGACAUGAAAUGAAAAUGAGUUCGUCAUUCAUUUGAUCUUUUGGGUUUCAAUGGACUACUGAGAGAAAUGAGAAGAUGCUUCAGAUUUCUGAACUGAUAGAGUCAGGUUUCAAGUUAUGCAUUUCAAUAGCAUUUUGUGUAAGAUUUUUUCCGUAAUAUUAGGAAACAAACUUACCGUUAUAGUGGCCCAUAUCUUCCACCAUUAUAGGGAUGCGAAUAAUGUUCGAAAACCAUUGAUAACCGCUGCCCACUUUUUAUGCACGAUUAAGAAUACUCUGUGAUGGACAGAGUACAUAUGCAUAUGAGUGCAUUCCCUUCCAGUUGGUCCCUAAGCCUUUCAAUCUUAUUCAGUAAAAUACACCAUCUAUUUGAGAUUGAGUGAGGAUUAGAAGUACCAAAUCCGAGUUAAAUAUCUGUCGAGCGUAAGAAGUUGUCAAUGGCCGGAGGUAUACUUUCAAUUCGAUAUUUCGAUUCUA